AGACUGACGAUUAACUUGUUAUUAAUUCACGUUGUUCCUUAUGCCGGAGUCUGUUAUCACAACACCACCUUUAAAGAAGUUGACCUCAUGGGGGCAGUGGUCCCCUGAGAGGUACGAGCAAUCGCUCAAGGCGAUGGCUAAGGGUGAGGCCACCCUCAGAGGGUGCGGUGCGAUGUUGAGCAGUCUGGGUGUAGCGGUCAUCCCUGAAAGCGACACUAAACCAUUGCAAAGCGCAGUGCUCCCAGUGGCUCUUCUGCCGAGACCAUUUCCCGCUCGCCAGUUUGAGUCGGCAUGGAGACUUGGCAGUGUUAUUACUAAGCUCGUUGAUAAAAUUUCUAUUGACCCACAAUGGCUGGUGAACAGCCUUGAGGAGGUGGCCAAAGCUGAUGACUUUACGAGGAGGUUGCUAGAAAUUUGUCGAGCUGUUUACGUUGAUGGAGGGCGAGACCACACUGAAGAUAUACGGAUUCACCUGAUUCGUCACGAUUACCUUCCUACUACUGUGGGCGACCGUUUGCUGCAAGUUGAAGUUAAUACAGUCUCUGCAGGCUUUGCAGGAAUGGGAACUCAGGUUUCGACCUUCCAUCGAAUGACCGCUUCUGCGGCCUUUGAAGGGUUAAGCCCCACCCAGUUGCCCCCCAGCAAGCCAAUCGCUGAUUUUGCAGCUGCUAUUGCCGAGGCCGUUGCUGCUUACAAUGAGAAAUUCGAUCGGUGCUCGCAUACUAUUUGUAUGAUGGUUGAUGCUCCUGAGGACAACGAGUGCGACCAACGAUUUUUAGAAUCUGUGCUUCUCGCCGACUACGGCAUCAACGUCGAGCGUCGCACUAUGACCGACCUCGCCGUCGCGGCUGUUGUAGAUACCCAGACUGGAGUGGUUUCUAUACCCUCUCUAUUGAAUUCAAAACGGAUGGUCGAAAUUGCCCUUUUUUAUUUCCGGACAGGCUAUGGACCCACUCAGUAUAUUGAUGAUUCGCACUGGGAGCUUCGUGAAAGAUUGGAGAAGAGUAAUGCUGUCAUGUGCCCAUCAGUGCCUCAGCAGCUGACUGGCACUAAAAAAGUGCAACAGCUCUGGUACAGCGAUCCCAGUGUGAUGAGUCGCUUUGGAUUGACACGGGAGGAGGCUGAUAGGAUGCGGGAGCAUUUCGCUGUACAAGUGGACCCCUCGGAGAACAAGGACACUGUCGCUGCGGCGUUGAAGGAUCCGUCGGCCUGGGUGUUGAAGCCUCAACGUGAAGGAGGUGGUCAUAACAUGUACGGCGAUGAGCUUGUGGAAGCCCUCACGACGACUUCUGAUGAAGACCUGAAGCAGUUCGUAUUGAUGGAGAGAAUGCUCCCAGCACCUCUACCCUGCCUAGCUAUCGACGCCCCAGCCAGUCGCGAGGCCUCUAGAGUGGUGCCGAAGAUAAUCUCCAAUGGAGUAUCAGAAUUGGGUAUUUACUCUGCUAUGGUCAUGAAGGGCAACCACAUGGUCAUGGACAAACCUUGCGGCCAUAUGCUCAGGACCAAGGACGUGAACGUAGCCGAGGGUGGCGUUCAUGCGGGCUUCUCCGUCAUCGAUUCGGCACUACUCUUUGAGGGCUCCUUCUAAGAAGACUACUAUCGUUUUACCCAAGACGCUGUUGCUCACUGUUCCUCUAUGCUCUCAGCAUUCCAUCCAUUGAGUCAGGAUUGUUGUAACUGCAUCAAUUGGGCAUUUGUGUAAAAGACACCGCGGUCCUUUCUUGAGGAGAUAUUUAUGCGAACC